GUGACAUUACGAGUUUUGUCAAAGUGAUAUUGUCAAAGAAUUUGUAAUAUAACUCGAAGCAAACAAAAUAUAGCAAAAUGUGGAGGUUCUUCGAGUUUUUUGUCAUGUAUUGGAGAAUUACAUUUCUUAUUGUAUAUCCAAUUGUAACACUACCAAUAAUAUUUGUGAACAAUAUAAAACCUUUCCGAUGCUUAUAUUGUUUUGGUAUAAUGUGUGCAUUAUGGAUGACAGAAGCUAUACCCCCAGCAAUUACUUCAAUAUUACCGAUACCAUUGUUUUCACUUAUGGGCGUCCAAAGUACAGACGAGGUAGCUCAUAAUUACAUGAACGAUACCAAUAUGAUGUUAAUUGGAAGUGUGGCGAUUGCUAUUGCAAUGGAAAAUAGUGGAUUACACAUUAGAAUUGCCUUAGGUACAAUAAAAUGCAUUGGAUGCAGCUUAAAAAAAUUACAUGUAGGCCUCGGCAUGGUCACAAUGUUCAUUUCCAUGUGGAUAGCAAAUACUGCUGCAACUGCUCUUAUGAUUCCUAUCGUAGAAGGGACCCUAUUGGCUCUUGAAAGAGAAGGUCUAAUAAACAGGUGGUAUGAAGUACCAGGAGAAGCAGAAUCGGAUUGGCGACCGACUCGUAUUACUAAGUGCUACUAUAUUUCGAUUGCUUACUGCUCGCUUUUGGGAGGAACAGGAUGUAUAAUUGGUUCCGGAUCUCAUUUAGCGUUCAAAGGAAUUUACGAAAAAACAUUUCCCACCAGCCCUGGUGUAGAAUUCGCAAAAUGGAUGAUGUUCAAUGUUCCUGUGAUGCUCAUUUCUAAUGUGUUAAUGAUUAUAUGGCUUCAGAUUUUAUACAUGGGUAUGUUUCGACCAAAAUCGGAGGCUGCUAAACAGUUGGCAGUUGGCAUAGAAGCCGCAGCUGCUACAAAGGCGGUCAUAGACAAGAAAAUUGAAGAUCUUGGUCCUAUGAGUUUUAAAGAAUUUAGUGUGGCUAUAUGUUUCAUCAUGGCCAUUGUCUUAUGGUUUUUUAGGAGGCCUGGCUUUAUGAAAGGAUGGCCACUAUUGAUAACUGAUGAAAAAUGCGGAGAUGCUGUCGUGGCUAUAACAGUGUUUGUGUUAUUUUUCCUUAUUCCAAUCGAUCCUGGGUGUCUUUAUUUUUUUAGCAGUAAUGAAGAGAAGAGACCAACGGGAGAGUCUCCAGGUAUACUUACAUGGAAAGUAUUUACACAGAAGAUGCACUGGAAUAUGGUCUUGGUUUUGGGAGGAGGUUUUGCAAUGGCAGAUGCCGCUAAAAAGAGUGGUAUGGCGAUAAUGGUGGCUGAAUAUUUUGUGCCAUUUCUCAGUAAAACUAAGUUCUUUAAUAUGUUAGUUUUUUGUGGCACAGGGUCUAUUAUUACACAGUUUCUCUCCAGUAAUGUGGCAUGUGUAACGAUACUUACACCAAUUGUAUUAGAUAUGUGUGUAGUAUCAAAAAUUCAUCCGAUGUAUUUAGGACUAUCAACUGCCCUUGCUUGUUGUUAUUCAUAUUUUUUGCCUGUUUCUACGCCCCCAAACGCAUUAGUUGCUGGUCCGUCGAGAAUGGGCGCCAAAGAUAUGAUGGUUUCAGGAAGUGGUUCUUUUGUGGUAUGCUUAUCGAUGCUUGUAACAAUAUUUCCCGUAUACUCUCCUUUAAUAUGGGACUUUGAGUUUCCAGAUUGGGCAGCUAUAGAAAAUGUUACUACUAUUUCUCCUAAAGCGACGGACUUUUUCCUUUAAUUAUUUCUUAAUUUAUUGUUACA